AUGGGCAACGAGCAAUCUUCUAGUUCUAAAAAAGCGAUAACUAAAGGAUUAGGUGUCAUAAAAGGUGGCCCUUCCAAUUCUAAGGUACAAAGUCAUUUAGAGAAUGCUAAGAAAAGUCGGAUUCUCCAGCUGAAAAACUGUAAUAUCAAAACAGUUCCAGAAGCCAUCGACGAGGUAAUGUUAUGUUUAUAUUAUUAUGUUUCUUGUUUUAGGUCGCUGAAAUUCUCAGGAAUCUGGAUCUUGCUGAUAACAGGAUCAUCGAGAUCACCUUUGAUUUCAAACGAUUCACGGCUUUAAAGCAUCUGAAUCUUCAUGGAAACAAGUUGACGAAGCUACCAGACAGUGUCGGCUCUCUGAAAAGCUUGGAAACGUUUGAUGUCUCAGAUAAUCAACUGGACGAACUACCCGAUUCGAUUGCUGCUUGUAUUAACUUGAAGAGUGUAAAUGCAUCUAACAAUAAAUUGACGUCUUUCCCUUCUGGAACUUGUUUACUGCCAGCUUUGGAGUUUCUGGAUUUGUCAGGAAACUUAAUAGAUAGUUUACCAGAGUCGGUAAGUUAUUAAUCAUAACUGUUGAUUGUCUAUUUAUUUAAAAAAAUUUUUCUCAUAUUUACUUUUUGCUUUAGAUAUGCGAUCUAAAAGCAUCAGAGUUGAACUUGAAUCGAAAUCGGUUGAAUACUUUACAUGAUAACCUCGCCAAGUGUCAGAAGCUGAGGAUUCUGCGAGUUGAGGAAAACUGUUUGAAUAAGACGGCUUUCACUGUGGCCAUAUUGAAGGAAUCUAGUUUAUCACUUAUAUGCUACAGCGGAAACCUACUCAACGAUACCGAAUUCCAGCACUUGAAUGGCUAUGAAGAAUACCAAGAAAGAUUUACUGCGACGAAACGAAAAGGAGUAUAA